GGGAAACAUUUUGACGAUAUAAAAGUCCGGAGCAGCUGCCUCAACAGCAACAGUCUCUCGUCAGCUGCAAUCCAACCAAAAACCCAACUCUAGAAAAUGUUCCGUUUCAUUGCUAUCUGUGCCCUGGCCACUAUUGCCGCUGCCGCUCCUGGUUUCGUGGAGCAGCAUCAUGUGGUGGCAGCACCCGUCGUUGCCAAGGUAGGCGCAGUGGUGCACAGCGCACCCGUGGCCACCUCCCACCAGAGCUUCACGCAGUUCCACAACCAGGCGGUCAUCACGCCCGUGAUCAAGCAGGUGGCUCCAGUGGUGCCUGUCGUCAAGCAGGUGGCUCCAGUGGUGCCCGUGGUCAAGCAAGUGGCUCCCGUGGUGCCUGUUGUCAGCCAUGUGGCUCCCGUGGUGCCCGUUGUGAAGCACGUGGCUCCAGUCGUCCAGCACCAGACCUAUGUGGCGCCCGUGUCCGUUGUGAAGACUCUGCCCCACGCUGUCUCCCACCAGAGCCACACCCAGAUCCACCAGAAGUCCAUCAUCACCCCAGUGGUUGCACCCGUGAUCAAGACCAUCGCCACGCCAGUGGUUAAGCAUGUUGCCGUCGCUCCCGUCGCCCACGUCUAUCAUCACUAAGAACCUUUUCUGAUUGAUUUGUUGAUUAUUUGAAAUAAAUUGGGAGUGUUUA